AUGGAGAACAUGAGUCCCAGUGAGAUCCUCGUCGGCUUGAUUCGGUCGACUCAGCUAUACGAUGUAACCUUAACAAUGAGGAACAUCUCGCAAAACGUUCACCGUACCAAUCAAUUGAAGGAACACUAUCGCAUACUCAAGGAAAGAUAUUCCAAGCUUGAGGAAGAAAAUCGCAAACUCGUGGGCGACACUACCGGACUCGUGGAAAUCAAGCGAAGACUUGUGAAAAAUAAUCGCAAGAUCAUGGCCAACACUAAAGUAGUCAUGGAAAAGAAUGUACGCAUGAGACGUACUCUUCGUCGACUCAAAAAUGUGUCGUGUGCAACUCUAUCCAGUGAGCGACACACACGCGAGGUUGGAAAGGUCAUUCGUAUACACCGGAUGAUGGAACAACUCGGCGGUCCCCCUUGCCGAAGUCAUUGCCAACGCUGA